AUGGGGAAUAGAGACAAGCUUUUGGUGUUUGGCUGGUGUCUCGAUCAUGCCACCAGCACCAGCCGGACAUCACAGGGACACCAAAGAGGCACCAGCCGGACACCACAGGGACACCAAGGAGGCACCAGCAACACCAAAGAGGCACCAGCCGGACACCACAGGGACACCAAAGAGGCACCAGCGAGACACCAAAGAGGCACCAGCCGGACACCACAGGGACCCAAAGAGGCACCAGCCGACACCACAGGGACACAAGGAGGCACCAGCGGACACCAAAGAGGCACCAGCCGGACACCACAGGGACACCAAAGAGGCACCAGCCGGACACCACAGGACACCAAGGAGGCACCAGCGGGACACCAAAGAGGCACCAGCCGACACCACAGGGACACCAAAGAGGCACCAGCGAGACACCAAAGAGGCACCAGCCGGACACCACAGGACACCAAAGAGGCACAGCCGGACACCACAGGGACACCAAGGAGGCACCAGCGGGACACCAAAGAGGCACCACCGGACACCACAGGGACACCAAAGAGGCACCAGCCAGACACCACAGGGACACUAAGGAGGCACCAGCGGGACACCAAAGAGGCACCAGCCGGACACCACAGGGACACCAAGAGGCACCAGCCGACACCACAGGGACACCAAAGAGGCACCAGCCGGACACCACAGGGACACCAAAGAGGCACCAGCCGACACCACAGGACACCAAAGAGGCACAGCCGGACACCACAGGACACCAAGGAGGCACCAGCGGGACACCAAAGAGGCACCAGCCGGACACACAGGGACACCAAAGAGGCACCAGCCGGACACCACAGGGACACCAAAGAGGCACCAGCCGACACCACAGGGACACCAAAGAGGCACCAGCCGGACACCACAGGGACACCAAAGAGGCACCAGCCGGACACCACAGGGACACCAAAGAGGCACCAGCUGGACAUCACAGGGACACCAAAGAGGCACCAGCGGACACCACAGGGACACAAGGAGGCACCAGCGGGACACCAAAGAGCACCAGCCGGACACCACAGGGACACCAAAGAGGCACCAGCCGGACACCACAGGGACACCAAAGAGGCACCAGCCGGACACUACAGGGACACCAAAGGGCACCAGCCGGACACCACAGGGACACCAAAGAGGCACCAGCCGGACACCAGAGGGACACCAAAGAGGCACCAGCUGGACAUCACAGGGACACCAAAGAGGCACCAGCCGGACACCACAGGGACACCAAGGAGGCACCAGCGGGACACCAAAGAGGCACCAGCCGGACACCACAGGGACACCAAAGAGGCACCAGCCGGACACCACAGGGACACCAAAGAGGCACCAGCCGGACACUACAGGGACACCAAAGAGGCACCAGCCGGACAUCACAGGGACACCAAAGAGGCACCAGCCGGACACCACAGGGACACCAAGGAGGCACCAGCGGGACACCAAAAGGCACCAGCCGGACAUCACAGGGACACCAAAGAGGCACCAGCCGGACAUCACAGGGACACCAAAGAGGCACCAGCCGGACACCACAGGGACACCAAGGAGGCACCAGCGGGACACCAAAGAGGCACCAGCCGGACACCACAGGGACACCAAAGAGGCACAAGCCGGACACCACAGGGACACCAAAGAGGCACCAGCCGGACACCACAGGGACACCAAAGAGGCACCAGCCAGACAUCACAGGGACACCAAAGAGGCACCAGCCGGACACCACAGGGACACCAAGGAGGCACCAGCGGGACACCAAAGAGGCACCAGCCGGACACCACAGGGACACCAAAGAGGCACCAGCCAGACACCACAGGGACACCAAGGAGGCACCAGCCGGACACCACAGGGACACCAAAGAGGCACCAGCUGGACAUCACAGGGACACCAAAGAGGCACCAGCCGGACACCACAGGGACACCAAGGAGGCACGAGCGGGACACCAAAGAGGCACCAGCCGGACACCACAGGGACACCAAAGAGGCACCAGCCGGACACCACAGGGACACCAAAGAGGCACCAGCCGGACACCACAGGGACACCAAAGAGGCACCAGCCGGACACCACAGGGACACCAAAGAGGCACCAGCCGGACACCACAGGGACACCAAAGAGGCACCAGCCAGACAUCACAGGGACACCAAAGAGGCACCAGCCGGACACCACAGGGACACCAAGGAGGCACCAGCGGGACACCAAAGAGGCACCAGCCGGACACCACAGGGACACCAAAGAGGCUCCAGCGGGACACCAAAGAGGCACCAGCCGGACACCACAGGGACACCAAAGAGGCACCAGCUGGACAUCACAGGGACACCAAAGAGGCACCAGCCGGACACCACAGGGACACCAAGGAGGCAUCAGCGGGACACCAAAGAGGCACCAGCCGGACACCACAGGGACACCAAAAUCUGUUGUCUAUAG